AUGACACAAAUGGAGAAUGACGAUGUUGCCACCCAAUGUUCCACUCUUCAAGAGGAUGAGAUCACAGUCUUAGAGUCUAUCUAUCCGUCUCUGAUAGCUAGACAUCCUAAUCCGGAUGAUAAGCCAGGUCAUUUAUUAACUCUUACUAUACCGAUAUCAUUUGCCACCCUUCAUCACAUCCAAUUAGAUACACCUUCAGGUCCAUCAGCAUCUCUUGAAGUGUCCCACCUACCAUCUUUAUCACUCAGAGUACUACUACCAGCUACAUAUCCUAUUACGGAAGCUGCAAAAUCUGUAUCGCUUCGAGCUCCAAUCCCUACGGGAGAAAAAUUAGGUAAUUGGUUGCCUAAAUCAGUCUUGAAAAAGGUUUCAGACAAGCUCACAGAAUUGUGGAAUGAUGAAAAAGAGAUUUGUGGUGAGGGCAUGGGUAUUUUGUGGAAAUGGUGGGAAUGGGUUGGUACAGGUGAAUUCUUGAUUGACCUGGAAUUGGUAAAAGGAAACAUGUUAGAACUUUCAGUGCCUCCUAUGCUUACUCCGUCGACGUUCCACACGAUGUUAAAAACAUAUAAUGCUUCACAAUUAAAUCUGGACUUUGAAAAGACCGCUUUUUCAUGUUCAAUCUGUCUGGAAAAUAGAAAAGGUAAAAGUUGCAUUCAAAUGCCAGGAUGCGGUUGUGUUUUCUGCACGCCGUGUUUGAGUUCUUGCUGGUCACUGGCGAUCACCGAAGGUACACUAGAAAAUGUCUCCUGUCCUAGUGUAUCAUGUACGAAGAAACGUGCUUUACGCGAAAGAGGGGAAGUAGUCGACGAUGAAGUAGAUACGGAUCUGGUAGAAAGUGUAGUCGGCAAGGAGCUCAAGGAAAGAUGGCAAGAUAUAAAAGAAAAGCGUAAAGCUGAAAUAGAUCCAUCGUAUACGAUUUGUCCAAGACCAACUUGUCAAGCUGCUGUUCCACCUCCUGCUACUCUCACCCCAUCGAUUGACUCGUCAUUUUCCUCAAGAGUGAUACGAUUAUCCGAUAUUUCUUCUACAACUCCGACUACUAAUAGUGAUGCCCCAAGUCCUGCACACCCGCCUUUUUUUGCAAUAUCAUCAAUUCCAGGCGAAGAUCGUUGGUCAAGAUAUAGAGUUUGUCCAAAGUGUUCUUUUUCAUUUUGCCUCUAUUGUAAUGCGACAUGGCAUGGACCACAUACACCAUGUGCAUUCCCUCAAACAUCCUUGAUAGUAGCUGAAUAUCUGAGUUACCCGGAAGGUAGUCAAGGUAGAAAGCAAAUGGAAAUCAAAAGAGGUAAAGCAAAUUUAGAGAGAAUGGUUAGUAAACAUCUGGAAGAUGAAGCGAAUAAACAAUGGUUACAAGGUAAAACAAGAGCGUGUGCAGGAUGCGGCGUAAGAGUCGAAAAAAGUCAUGGGUGUAACCAUAUGACCUGUGGUAGAUGCAAUUCCCAUUUCUGUUAUAGAUGUGGUGAUUCCAUCAAACCAACAGAUCCUUAUAAACAUUUCAACACUCCUGGCAAAUCUUGUUACAUGAAAUUGUUCGAUCAAGAUGAAGUUGAUAGAUUUGAGAGAGAACUGGUCAAUGAAGGUGGGAUGGCAGGAGGUGGGAUAGAGGAUGAUUGGAGGGAAUUCAGAGGUUUCUGGGAAUGGUAA